AUGGAGUCGAUGUUGCAAAAACUGUUCCUCGCUCAUCCGCUGCACCAUCACGGCGCUGGCGACGCACCUGUGAUUGGAAGGAAUCGAAACCCGUCAAAGGCCGGAUAUGACGACAACAACUCUCUCGGUCGCAGCCCCACUUACACCCCGAGAAAGUCUUACACGCCGAUCUCUGCGGUCGAAAUCAAAGACCCACGUGGGAUUCGCGUAGAGCCCGAGAAGAAAACGAAGGUGCUCAUUGACGGCCUCGCCAACCACCCGACCUCUCAACUGCAGCCGGAGAAAUUCAAGCCUAUCGUAUCGUCGAAAACGAUGGAUGGCGAGGCGAAAAUUGUCUCGUUCCGCGACCAGGAUGGUAGCACGCGCUUGCAGAUAGAAUACGAGCGUGCUGGAUUCCUGCGAUUGUCGAAGAUGCCGAUCACCAUGGUCGCUCCAGAUUGUGCACGUGAACUGGUCCGCUCUGACUCUUGCAUCAUGAAAAUGUUUCCGACCAGCUUCUCACCAGAGGAAUACCAGCUGACCGCACCGAAAUGGCAA